CUCCAGAUGGAGUUGUUUAAAGUUAAUGGCUGUUCUUUUCCCAGGUGGACCUGUGCUUCCUGUAGGUAUAUGCGUGGCCCUCUGGCUUGAAGAAUAUGGUGGAGCAGAAAGGUGUUGGUUUAGCAACAAUGUUAUGGUCGGCCUGAUCUCUUCAUUAGGAAUACCAGCACUGAUCAACGUUCUGGUUCUAGUUUACAUCUCGGGGAAGAAUGUCCCCACGGGAACGACACUGCAGAAUGGUACGGACGACAACCAUGCAACAAGGCAGAGGGCUAUGGAUGGACUGAGAUCUAAUGUGCUGAUUCUGGUGCUUCUGUGUCUCUGCUGGGGCUUCGGAAUCGCUGCCUUCCAGCAACAAGAUGACUUCCUACAGCAGGCAUUUGCAGUCUCAGCUCUACUGCUGGGUGUGUGUUUCUUCAUGAUGUUUCUGGUGUUGAGCCAUGACGUGAGACAAGCUAUCUUGCACGGACGCAAGAAGAACCGACGAAAAAACCAAAACAGGAUGAAGCUUCGACAGAGGAAAUCUGAUGAUUCCCUGAUGACAAACUCAACAAAUCCUGACACAGGGGAAUCAAGACAACAGGUGCAUGUACAGCCUCCAAGUAGGAAUGACCGCUCUCUUGGCUCUACAUCAACCACACUGUCACAACACAACACCCACUCCAUUGGAACCAACUGCACCGACCUCGCUGGUGAGCCGAUACACGAGGAGGGGUAUGGACCCUACCGGAGAGGCAACGGUGCUCCUCACGACCUGGCGAUGGAUCAUCGUAAUGUUGGGUAUGACCAGCGGAUGCUACCAUGGAGUAACCUUGGGAUGAUCAGAGGGGGGCCUGAGAGUUUAAGCGACAGGUCACCCCAGAUGGUGAGACGUGGUGACAGAUCACCAGACAUGGUGAGAAGGAGCAGGAGAGAAGCAUCACCACGGAGACGGAAUGGGAAUGUUAUUCUCAAUCACAGGAUUGUCAAAGAGGCAGAAGAGGGGAGGUCCACGGAGGAAGAGUCUCAGCACAAGAAACGAGAGAAGAAACGUCAUGUCUCGUCCAUUAGUGGAAGCAGUCACGGUGUAGACAUGUCAUGCAUGCCAUUCCCGUAUCAGAUGGACUGGAGGGAUAUCAGGGGGUCGAGGGUGCAUCCCAUGCCACUGGACCAGAUCCCUUACUCCAUGGAUUAUAGCCAAGGCCCCGCUCAACCCCAAUACAUUCACCCAAGGAUGGCUGGCUUCCUGGUCCAACCCCACCGAGCUCUGCCAGGCCCCGCCCCCUCCACCUCACUCGGGAGGGGGCCAAUCCCCGAAGUUGAAGAAACCAGGCAGGACCUUGGAGCUUUCCAAAGAAGCCUUGGUUACUAUGGCAAUGAGGGAAGUAAUAGAGACAGCUUCUAUGAUGGACAACAUCAAGCAAGGGACAGCUUUAGGAUGCCUUUUAGAGGUCAGAGUUCACGCACUGGUUACCAAGGAAGAGGGCCCGAACCACAUGAUGGUCACCAUAGAAACUGGGCUAGUAAUGCAAAUGAGAGCAGGCCAGGCCCUUCUGGAUACACUCCGAGAGGUGACAGCAUUGAUUCACAGGCUAGCACCAGAAGCUCAGAAGGGAUGCCUACAGGGAUGAGGGCAAAGAAGGGCAUUCUGGGAAAAAGGUCAAAGGUCACGGGUCAAGCAAGAGGAGGAGCAGAAGCCAUGGAGGAAAGAAGCACAAACAGAAGAGCAAUAACAGAACAGAGGAGGUAUAAUAAGCAGCAGUGGUAGGAAAGGAUUGCACAACACCACAACAUCCACUGGUGUGGACUUCAAAACCUAUUUGCUGGAAUAAUCGGGACUUCACUCAGAGGUCAACUCAGUGCAACCACGGUAGUUCACUGGCACUGCAGCGGCCCAGCGAACACCCUGUUUCCACUCAUGACUGUUGUGAAUCCGUUUCAUAAUUGGCCUAAUUCUCCUCUUUGAGGCAAAAAUAAGCACAACUCAGUGUGGUUGUAACCUGUGUGGUGACAAUCUGCUGAAAGGCAGUGAACCUUUUUUUGGGUAGUAAUUUGUGAAAAUGUUCUAUAAACGUAAGAUGUAAAAUUGCUGUCUGUGAUCGUUUGUGUUAAACAUACCGGCAUGUGAAAUUUGUUGUUAUGAAAUGCACGUGAACUGUUGUCAACGAAGUGAACCUAACCUGGGAGGAGGUGACGUCACACUAUCUCGUUGUAUUGGGAAUUUGAAACAAA